UGGGACAAAAAGUAAAACCUGUAGAUCUCAUGCAACGGUAAUGGGAAGAUGCAUCAUCUAAAAUUACUCGUAUCUGAUUGGCCAGAAAUGUAGCUGGUACUAGCAUUUUCCCGCUGAACGUUCAGCUUCCCGGUUAGGUACCUAAUUCAGUAGAUCACCGCCAGGCAGCUACCUAUAUAGGGGAUAUUCAUUUCACAACAAAAUCCAUCGCUGAUUUCUUUCGCAUUAACUCACCAUUUUACACCUCACAAUGGCACCUAAAUUAAUAUCAACCUUCGUCACGUUGGCGUUAUUUGCAUCUGUUUCGCAAUCUAUCAGAUACAAGUACUCAGGCUGCUUCGAUUCCCCAGGAGAUCUCACAUUCGAGCUACGACACGUAUUUCAAUCACCCGGGUUAUGUGGGCGGAGAUGUGAGACAUCUCACUUUUCCGCGUUUGGUCUCACAAACAGCUCCGAUUGCUUAUGCGGCUACACGCCCCCCACUCCCGACAACGCAGCGGAUGAGGAAUGGUGCAAUCAGCGUUGUCCGGGAUAUGCGAUGGAAUAUUGCGGCGGUGAAGGAUUUUACACGAUUUACUUGAUACCAGAACCUGAUAACCACGAUCCGCCUAACGGGACCUUAACGCAGGGCUCUUACGCACCGACGAAGGCGCCAGAGCUCGGAUCGCAAGUACCACUCCAACAUGCAAGUUAGAUAGGUGGCGGUCAGGAUCUUUUCCGAAGCCACCAAGAGGAGAAUCAAGUAUAUACCCAAGACGCAAGCCGCCACAUAGGGAAUGAUUUAGUUCGGACUUUAUUUACUAUAUACCAUGCAACCUAUGAAUUCCUGACGACCCAGAU